CACUUGUUAUUCCAUUGUUAUAUUAUGUUUCCAGUUUUUAUUUUGUUUAUUCAUUUACUUAUUUAUCGUCUCCAUCGUCGCGGUAGAUAUCAUUUUUCUGAAUUUUGCUGUGGAUGAACAUGAUUCAAACAUGAAACGCUUCAUUCUAAAAUUGGUGAUAAAUUUCCACCACUACUUUAUAAAAUUAGCGAAAUGCUGCUCUUAUCAACUUUAACAUUCUGAAAGCUACCAGUGCUUUGCUUGGUGACGUCAUGAAAUUAAAUUGAUGACACUCUACACACGUGCUCUGAUAGACGCAAUGUUGAUUUUGUGUAUUCAAACAGCGCACAAGAUUUGUCAUAUUUUAGGAAGGGCUAUAUUGGAGGGUUCUGGUAGUUCGAUUACAAUGUGUAAAUUAAUAUACCUGGGGUUUUCCUUUUAAAGAAAGACUUUCAAAGUGUAUAAUAACCACACCACUAUAGCCUUAACCAAAACUGAACUAGUCAGCUAAAAACAGUACAACACAAGGAGCAAAACGCGACCCGGUUGUGUAAUGGCUACCUGGCGUAACAAUCAGCCGGACUGGCUGUGGCCUUUUGUGAACACACCUGUCACGUCCCGUCGCACAUGUUUCAGCAUUUGUGAAGGUCAAUGUUUUAUUAAUUCUGUCACUGCCAACGAUAACUCUUGUAAUCUGAAGAAAAAAAACCCUGCAGAGUUUUGGUCUGGUGUGGUCCCAACUUUUAAUUGCAUAACAACACUUGUCGCCCUUUGUCAAAAAAGAAAACCCCCCAAAAAACAAACAUGUCUGCCUCGGCCACCCGGUCAGUGGGUGAGAGGCGAGCGAGACGUACGCCUCGGGGGCGUGCGAUGUCCGUGACCAACUAUUGGCGCGUAAUCAGCUGACGACAGGAAGUAAAAUUUUAGUUUUCUUUGUGUUUUGACACAUGCAGUGAAGUGGCGUACCUUCAAAGAGAGGCUCGAUCCAGUAGUUUCCGGAUUUUCUUUGUCAUUCUCGAUUUGACUAUCAGCGAGUGUAGACGUCUUAUUAUUCUGUGUUUCAUUCAUUAUAGAGAUUUGCGUUCUAUUCUGAGUUUUCAAGCGAUUUCUACGAUUGUGAUCUUGAGACAACAUCACUGUUGAGAAGUCAUCAUGAAUCAAGACUUGUGUGAGGAGUCCACGACUCAUGUCCAGAAACUGGUCAACGUCCAGACGACGGACGACUCUGAGAGGAGUACGUUUGUUGGGGGUCAUGACCUGAAAGAUGGAGUGGGGUCAGGAAGUUCGUUGGCUGGUGGCGCGGGGACGACCAUGGCUGGUAGGAAGGCAACGGGCAAGAGACCUAGAUCUAGCCGCGCGGUACUCAAACAAGAUGUUGCAAAAGGUUCUAAGAACGGGGAAAAGACGUCUAUCCUUGAAGGCAUGUCUAAUGUCCAGCCUGUGGCAAACUUCAUCCCUGCCUGGUUGGCUCAGUCGGGCCUGCUGUCCCUGGUGCAGACCGAAGACACGUCAUCCUCAUCGGAGCUGUCGUCAUCAGCUAAGUCAUCUUUGUUAGUCGCAACAUCGUCGUCAGUUGAUCAGUCCUCGUUAGUGGAGACAUUCUCAUCUACUAAGCCAUCUUCAUCAGUAGAGAAAUCUUCAUCAGUUGACCCGUCUUCGUUUGCUGAGAUACUUUCAGCGAAGAAGGAAACUAGAGGGACUCAGGCGUCCAUCAGUCCAUCUUCUGGCUCAAGAAAAUCAAGCCUGAAGAUGUCUUCAGUCGCCAGAAGCUCUUCCUCCUUGCCCCCGAUGCCCCUGUCGGGCAACACAAAGACUGACAUACUCACCGGUAUCACCGAGCAUGCGAGAGAGCCUGCUAGUGCUGGAGAAUCCAAACCCUCACGUCCAUCGGUGCCUGCAGGGUCUUCAACAAGACCCUCGUCACAACAGUCUGUAACACGCAUGACACCACGACCUCGCAGCGUAUACACCUGGAUAAACCCAGAGCUCAGACAGAAACAUUACCAGGGCUCCUCCACUUCUGGUGUUGUCAGAGGUACUGCGGGACAACCGAGACACCCACGACCCCGUAGCGUAUACUCAUGGGUCAACCCAAACCUUAGACAAGCUCAGGUUUCCGCCGCUCCCGGUUUCAAGAGCGUUAGUCAACAAGUCAGCAACAGGUCGAGUCCCCCGCUGAGCUGUUCCAAUACUUCCCGAUUUCCCAAGACAUCCUCCCCUCCUUCUCUGCACCCAGACUCUAACAGCACAGCUUUGGGCCAUGUGGGAAGACAGGAAAAGUCUACUCAACUACAGGAUAGACAGUUCUUUGCUCCAUUGCCCAUCGUAACUGUCUCUAGAAUGCCGCCAAUGCCGAAGUUCUGGGAAUUCAAACCUCUGGAAUUCAGUGAGGUGAUCGUGGUCCACGCGGAGAGCCCAACUAGUUUUGUGGCAAUCCCAGCAGAGAUGAAGGCUUCUCUUGGGAAGAUGGAGAAAGAACUGGAAGAGAACUUCCUCUCACCACAGCCUCGUGUCACCUGUUUGUCUCAAGAAACCUUGUACGCCAUCAAAAAGAAGGGAGUGUACCACAGAGCAGUCUUCAUGCAACGUCUCAGUCAAGGAGGGGUAGGUUUAUGAGAUGUCAUCUUCAUU